UUCUGUGAGAGCACCAGAUCCUGCUAAUGUUGAGAGCCCUCAGCCUCUAGAAGUGCUGCUUUCUCCUUCAUUUGCAAAGGAUCCCGAUAGGGUUGAGCCUCGGGAUGAGCAACUAAAUGAAGAAAAUAAUAUGGCAUUUACAUGGAAGCUGAGGAGAAUGAUGUAACUGAUGUUCGUAACGAAUCAUCGCAUACUGUCUUCCAGUUACAAAAGAUGAAGUCUGUGCCAAAGGACAUGGUCCCUGGCAUGGACUGCUUAGAGCAUUGUUCAGUAAAAUCCGAUAUUAGUUGCACAAUGAAUAGAUUGAUUUAUGAUGAGAAUCCUAUUCCUUCUACUGCUACUACGGAGUCUCCCCCAAAGUCUUUCGACCUACCGGAUCAUGAAUCCCAAACUAGUGAUAUAGAGGAAGCUGCAGAACUACAUGAAGAUGUCCUUGUUGUCCCAAAAGGCCCUUCUUCAUCAAAAGAAAAAGCACUAGAUUUUCUGUAUAUGCUUGAUCUGGUCAAGACAAGGUCUGUUCCUGUAUUUAUGUGCACUGCCACUCUUGUUGGCCUCUCUACUCAAGAGAAAUCAGCUUUAUUUCAAGACUUCAUCAAGACUGCUGUUAGAUUUAGGGACAGCAAAUCAGGUUUGGCCUGUCAGUAUCAUGCAAGGUUGCAAAAAAGGUGUUCAAAGAAGGGCCUAUCGUCUUUUAAUUUCAAUAUUUUGGGCAAGUCUCCUUUUAAUGAUUUCAUGUGGUUGUUGGGCACUAAGCGUUCAAGUAUUAGCCUCUGCUUUUUAUGCUGUCUCAUUCAAUCUCUGAAGCUAAGAGAUAUCCCGAUCAAAUUUUUGCAUAUUGCUGAAAAUAAAGCUGAUUUUAAUGAAGAAGAGCUAAAGCAGAACAAGCAUGGGGAGUGGCUCUUUUAUGAAGUAACAUAGAGACUGAAGGCUCUCAAAAAUCACGAGGAAAAACUGGAUCUUCUUACACCAGGUGUUAACUUCCUUCACGUCUUCAAUAUUGGCCCCAGCAAAGCAGCACUAAGUUUCCUUCCAUUUCUUGGCCAGUAUUGCAAAAGAUCACUGCCAUUAUUUUUUUCGUCUGGGAAAGAUUCAUCUAAUCUAGAUACACCACUGGAGCCUGAGCUUUAUGAUACAUGUGGAGAUGAUACACCACUCAAUCACCUCUUAAAUGCCUAUGUAACAAGGAGGAAGCAUAUUCAUCACUUGAUGAGACAUCAGUCGCAUAAAAGCUUUGAGAUGCCACCUGUACUGGUUCGCUUGCCUUCGUGCAGUGAAUCAAAAUUUGAUAAUUUCAAGAAAAUUUUUGGAAAAUAUCGCCUUAAUCCUAUUGAGAAAGACAUCAACUUAUCAGAUAUGAAAGUAACCAAAAAAAUACUUGAAGAAGUGGUUUAUGAAAAUACCAGCAAAUAUUGUGCAGGCCUACCUGUAAGGUGGUUUUUUUCUACGCAGCUUUCUCCAGGCUUUAAAUGUAUCACUUAUGACUAGAAGUGAUAUUAGCCAAUUGGCCACUUCAUGUGGUGCUGGUAUAGAUUCCAGUGAAGUUGAAGCAUUCCUAACCACCUUCACAAGCUUUGCCAGUCUCCUCUACAUCCCCUCCUACACUGAUAUUGUCCUGCUCGAUAUUGAGAGAUUCACUGAUUGCCUCGACAAGGUCUUUGAUUGUGGCCAAUCUCUUGAUAAAGCAAGUUCCGAUGGAUUCAUUACUAAAGGAGCCAUUGAUAAGUUAGCAAAUGAUGAGAAGUUAGACCCCGAAAUGUUCAAGUCACUCUUGAAGUCUUUCCGUUUUGCUGUUCCAGUUCGCACAUCAAGAGUAAAGAGUGAUAGUUUCUCUAUUGAAGCUGAUUGUUCGUACUACAUUCCCAGCAUGCGUCCUACAAAAGCAACCAAUAGUCCUCAGCCUCAUUCUCUCUACCUCCAAUACACAUCAUGUGUACCUGGUGAUAUUCAAGUUCUUUUGGUUCGUCAUUUCUUCAAGUACAGCAAUUGCUCUCUUAUUCCUUGCCCACACAUCAAUGCCUCAGUUAUCAGGGUAGACUACAAUAAAAAGAAGCACGUUGAUGUUACCAUAAUCGACCAUAAAGAUAUUGUGGAGCUGAGAUUGGGAAAUGGUCGUUCAACUGAAGCAUGCAAAACGGCUUUUCCUCUUGUAAUUAAAGCAUGCACUGCUGCCAUGGAAGAUGUCAAGAAGUCGGUCGAUGAUUUGGAGUAUGGCUUUUUCCUGUGCUGUACUGAGAGUGAUAAAUCUACUCACCAGUUCAUUUAUCACCAAAUAGAUUAAGAUGCAACAAGUUCUACAUGCAGUCAGUGCAGUAGUGAUGCUAAUGCUACUGUAUUGAGAGAAGAUUGGAAGUCUGCUGUUUUUAGAAUGCAUAUUGAGAGAGAUGGAAAAAAAGAAAUUGAAAAAGAUUGUUUUGAGGCCUCUGAGUUAGCUGACCUUGCAGUAAAUUUGUCAGAAGAGUGUGUGGAUGAGAAGAGCCAGGGAGACCUGUUGAAUGUAUUGCAAAUAAAAAAGAAAGUUUGGGAUAAUAUAAAAGUGAAGAAAAAUGGAUGGGCAGCAUUCCUGGCAUUGCUGAUGCACUGGAUAGAGAACAACAAAGGAUCAAAGACUGAGCUUGAAGUUCAACUUAAAAGAUAAUAUUUUAAUAAUAAUUAUAUUUAAUAACUUAUGCUA